AUGGAGGAGAAGGUUGCGAGGAAGAGAAAGGUGCCCUGGGACAACCAGGCAGACAAGGAGCUGAGGAUGGAGACCAGGGAGGACAAAUCCCCACAGCAGAACCUCGUGGCAGAGGCUGUUUUGAGCGGCUCCAUGGACAGUGGACAGAGCUUCAGACAGAGCUCGGAGUUGGUGGUCCAUGAGCAGCUUCAUGAUGGGGAGAAGCCCUACAAGUGCCUGGAGUGUGGGAAGAGCUUUAGGCGGAGCAAUACCCUGAUCCGCCACCAGAUGAUCCACACUGGGGAAUGGGCCUACGAAUGUGGGAAGUGUGGGAAGGGCUUCAGCUUCAGAUCCAACCUCAUCAUCCACCAACGCAUCCAUACUGGGGAGAGGCCCUAUGAGUGUCCUGAGUGUCAGAAGAGGCACCGGCGCAUCCACACCGGGGAGAGGCCUUACGAGUGCCCCACAUGUGGGAAGAGGUUUCAGACCAGCUCCAAUUUCCUCCUGCAUGAGUGGAUUCACACCGAGGAGAGGUCCUUCUGCUGCCCUAACUGCCGGAAGGGCUUCAAGCACAACUCCACACUUGUCAGGCACCGGCGCAUCCACACUGGGGAGAGGCCCUGCGAGUGUCCCUAG